AUGUUCAAUGGGGAUCAAUAUAUUCAAGCCGUUUGUGAUGGACAUAUUUGUCCUGGAGACCCCGUUCUCAUGUUUUUGAUUGACGGGGCUCAGCUUUACAAAUGCAAGCAAUCUGACUGUUGGAUUUACAUAUGGGUCUUUUUUGAUCACGCUCCGGACUCCAGAUACAAGAAGAAAUACAUACUACUGGGCGCAGUUAUACCAGGACCUCGCAAACUGAAGAAUCUUGACUCAUUUCCUUUUCCAGGGUUUCACCAUCUUGCCACUAUCCAGUGUGAUGGUCUCGGUAUCUGGGAUGUCAGUACAGACAUUGAGUAUACCUCUCAUCCAUUCUUUUUUAUUGGUCAUUACUAUCCCGCUCUGCAUUGUCCUAAUUUCCCUAACUGUGUUCAAGGAUCAAUGCACGAGGACUUUGACAUUAAUAACCUAUUGCCAGCUGGCUCAGACAAUUAUCACGCCAAUGUACAUUGCCUCAGUUGCUGUUGCACAAUGGCUGAGUAUGAAGAAAUGCAAAAAGAAAGUGGUAUCACCAAACCAAGUAUAUUCAUCGGGUUCUCUGACAAUCGUAUUCUGUGCAUACCUUUCUGCUUUGGCUCAGAUUGCAUGCAUGUAUGGAGUUUCAAUGCUGACUUGCGUGUGAUUGAGAUCAUGGACAUCAAGUCAGUUGUUGUGAUGGUCUUACACAGAUUCCCUGCACAUGAUGUUCCUUUAUUUUACAUGAUAGAGCAGCCUGGUUUAGAUAUUGCAUUGUUGACAGGAAAUGGAGUUGCUCUGGAAGAAUCAGACAUUGAUAGCAUGUAG